AAUGAAACUAUUUAAAAUUCACUUGUCAAUCGUGAAUUAUGAAUCUACAACAUGUGAUAAGAAUUGUGAUUGUUUUGAUUGAUGUGAUUAACUCAAUAGAUCAUUUCGGCAAUGAAAUCGUUUCCGAGUAUCGUUACUCUGGUCUCAGGUGGGGUCGAUCGAAACGAAGUUAUUCGGCCGAGAGACAUCUCGAAGUGAUGGUGGCUGCGGAUCAUUCGAUGUAUGAAUAUCAUGGAGAGAAUCUUCAUCACUACAUUCUCACUCUCAUGGCAACUGUUUCCAAGGUUUACAGUGAUGCUUCAAUUGGAAAUCAUCUUCGUAUAUCAGUUGUUGAUAUUAACCUGAUUCGUCGGCGAGAGUUCACUUUAUCGGAUCAUUCACUCACAUCUAACUUGCAACAAUUCUGUCGUUGGCAGAGGCUUCGUAAUCAUGGCCACGACUAUGAUUGCUCCAUUCUAAUAACCCGACAUAACCUUUGCCAAGGUCAAAAUAGUUGCGAUGCUUUGGGUCUCGCAAGGUCAAGUACCGUUUGUAACAAGAAUCUCAGCUGUGCCAUAAUUGAGGACAACGGCAUGUCAGCGGCUUUUACUAUUGCCCAUGAAAUCGGUCAUAUCCUUGGUUUACCUCAUGAUGAUGAUGGUAAAUGUUUGGAAUUGACGAAAAACCGUCAGCCUGAGCGAAAAGUGAUGGCCCGUUUACUUGACAAUCGGAGUCACCCCUGGAGCUGGUCAAAUUGUUCUCGACAUCAUCUCACUGAAUUUUUCGAUUCAGGUUAUGGCUCAUGUUUAUUGAACAAGCCUUCUGUUAACUUAUUGGACCAAUAUUUUAUUCAUUCUGUGAUUGGAAUAACUGAUGAACGAGUUUCAGUAGCUUCUCUCAACUCUUCAGCCAUUACAUCAUCAUCUUUAUCAUCGUCGUCACCAGCACCAUCUUCAUUGCCAUUCAUAUCAUCAUCGCAAUCGGGGUCAUCUCAAAAAAAACCAACUACUUAUGGUCGUCAUGCACAAUGCGAAUUGGUUUUUGGACCUGAUGCUUCUGCUUGUCCUCAUGAAGAGUCUUGUCGAAUCUUGUGGUGCGACAUACCGGGCCACGGAUGCAGAACUCAGCACAUGCCUUGGGCUGAUUUCACACCCUGUGGUAGACAUGCUUUGCAACAGUGUUACCAAGGAUCAUGUGUUUGGAUCAAUUCAACUGAUCGUACGUCCAAAGAUGGUGGAUGGGGCCCAUGGAGCAGUUUUUCCGAUUGCUCAAGAUCGUGUGGUGGCGGAGUCCAAAGAGCUACGAGAGAAUGUGAUAAUCCAAGACCUAAUCAUGGUGGAAAAUACUGUGUGGGUGAAAGGAUAACUUUACGCUCGUGCAAUACUUUCCCAUGUCUUGAAAACUCGAGUGAUUUUCGUGCCUUUCAAUGUGGACAGUUCAAUAAUCUCACUCUUGGAAUCGCAGAACUCUCAAGAGAUGUCAAAUGGCUGCCUAAAUACGAAGUUGCUGAAAAGGAUCGAUGUAAACUUUUUUGCACGGCGCAACAAACGGGAAUCUUUUCCAUGUUGAAACGCAAAGUAAUCGAUGGAACACCUUGUAGCCUCGACUCGAAUGAUUUAUGUGUCAAUGGAAAAUGUAUGCCCGCAGGAUGUGACCAUGUUCUCAAUAGUCAUAAAAGGCUUGAUUUCUGUGGUGUUUGCGGUGGAGAUAACUCAACAUGCCAGGAGGUUGUUGGUUCUCUCAAUCAUGUAAAAGUACAUCAUGGUUACAAUUCACUUGUCAUUAUACCAAAAGGCGCUGCCAAUAUCGAAGUUGUUCAACACAACUCAUCUCUUCGUGAUCAUCACUAUCUCGCGAUCAAAACAGUUGACGGGAAUUAUCUAAUUAAUGGAGGGAAAGUGGUGUCGUUGGAACGAAAAGUGAUACCCUAUGCUGGAACUGUCAUUGAAUAUUCGGGAUCAAAUCACACGAUGGAAAGGAUUAAUGCUUCUAAGCCAAUUAAUGAACCUUUGUACAUUGAGGUGCUUUCUGGGGGAUAUUACUCACUUCCAGAAAUACGAUAUAGAUACUCAUCUGCUAAGUCAAAUGCUACUCGAACUUCUAAUAAUAAACUCUGCCCGAACUGCACUAAGUAUAUUUGGUAUACUUCUGAUUGGGGACUAUGUUCACGGCCCUGUGGGUAUGGAAUUCAAAAACGUUCAGUAACAUGUCUCAAGAAAGGCAAAAAUAUAAGUUACUUUUUAUACGACAAAAAAAAUCGCAGAAACGCGAUUAAAAAGUACCAAUCGCUUAAAAAUAAAUGUGACCCAAAAAAGAGGCCACAUCAUUGGCAGCGGUGUUUCUUGGGUGACUGUAAUGGAGGUCCAAGGUGGACAACUCAGCCAUGGGGACAGUGCUCAUCUGAUUGUGGACCUGGUAAACAACAGCGACCAGUUCCGUGUACCGAUGGUAAGACGGGAAAACGAAUCAACCGACGUUUUUGUAAUGCCAGUUACAGACCUCAACGCAGACGAAAGUGCUUCCUCAAACCAUGUUAGUCAAUGUGCCAAAUGUUGUCCUCACACAAUUGAGAAUAAAUGUCCGAGUUUUCGCUUCAUCUCA